ACCCCAAAUCGCGUUCCACAUCUUUGACACUCACGCGCCGCAGCGAGCGAGGUGCCUCCACAAACCCGUCUCUGCGCUUCGCGACCCUCCAUCCACUUCCUGUCCUCGGCGAACGAUUUGUAUGCUGCGUUUCUUUGGCCUGGCGAGCCGUGAGGACAAGAGCUCGACCACCAAUAUGCCGCCCGCAAUCAGUGACGACGAGCACUCGCAAUCAGAAGACGACGUGCAAGUGCCUCUGCGCACCAAGGCUGCCGAUUCCCCGCCACCCAACGCUUCCUCGUCGCGACGAACGGCGAAGACCACCACAUCGACUACACGCAAUGGCUCCAAGCCGCCAAACAAACCCGCCAACGAGUCUGAUGAGGUCAAAGACGAUGAGGAUGACGACGAUGACGAAGACCAAGACGACGAUCUCGAAGAGGACGAAUACGUCGUGGAGAAAAUCAUGUCGCACAUGGUCUAUCCAGAUGGUACUUUGAAAUUUGAGGUCAAGUGGGAGGGCUAUGACAAGAAGGCAGAUCGGACUUGGGAGAGCAAGGAGAACCUGCUGGAGAAUGCAGGUGAUAUUCUCCUUGAAUACCUUGAGGCCCAUGGAGGGGAGGACAAGAUCCUCGAGGACUCGGAAAAGGGAAUCAAGGGAAAGAAGCGCGGCCGUCCGGCGGCGAGUGCGCCUGCGAACGGUAAACGGAGAAAGGGCGAGCACCCGAGUGAUAGUACACCGCCAGCGUCGACGAAAGCGUGGAAGCCACCGGCUGGACUCUGGGAGGACGAGGUCGAUUCGAUCGACGCGUGCCAUGACGAGAACUCGGGCAAGCUGAUUGUGUACCUCACGUGGAAGAACGGGCAAAAAACUCAGCACGAAACCAAGGUCAUCUACCAGCGCUGUCCCCAGAAGAUGCUGGCUUUCUACGAGCGGCAUGUCAAGAUCGUGCAAUGAGUAAAAAUCGCGGCGAGCGAUGAGUGUGCGCGUCAAUUCCGCGUGGGAAGACACGCCCAAAGAUGGGUGGAGCAUCUUAUGAAACCGGGAUCGUUGUUUUUUGCAGGCAGCUAGGCGGGACACAUAGGGAAAGGCGCUGACGGGUUUUGAAACAUUGCUUGAUCGUGCAUUUGAUGUGGUAACUUUCUAAUGCGUAGCUAUUGUACCUCACCACGAGCCUAACAGCCCUGUGAUAUAUGGAGGCGCGUGCGCGGAGACGUGUCGUUGACAAGGUGCAGCCACGAAU